CACUUUCUUGUCAGUGUUUAGAAGUGUUUGAUGAUAAUAACAACAAUAAUAAAUAAAAACCUAAGAAUUAAAUUAGAAAGCAUUAUAUUGAGUGAUUGAUUUAUGUAAAUAAUAAUACAUUUUAAAAAUAAACGCUUCAAAUAAGCUUAUGGCAAUUAUAAGCUUGAUGUGGUGUAGCCCCGCCCCCGAGCUCGUGGGUACUGAGGGGGUUGUGUUUGUGCACGCGCUGUUUCGUUCUCCGUCUGAAUUCUCUUUAUUUUGGUUUAAACGUGCCCUUUACCUGCAGCUGAAGCGACGCAACAAAAAAAAAGAAAACAAAAAGAAAACGUAAAUGCACAAGAAACUGAAUCAAACCGGAAGAGUAACUCUCCCGGCUGAAAGAUCUGCAGAGUUUCAGCAAGAUGGCGAGAAGAAGAGACGUGAAGAUGUUGUGGACAGAAUCAUCGAGAAGGUCCAGAAACUUCACGAGCCGCUUGAGGAAAUAUCCAGCAAAACGGACCUGGUGAUCCGCAGAGUUGGCGACGAAAAGCAGCGCGUGUCUGAGCUCGAGGAGCACAGCAGGAGCACCGCCGCGCGCGUGGCCGAGCUCGAGGGCGCGCUGGAGAGAACUCUGGACCGCCUGGACGACCUGGAGAACGCAAAGCUGUUCUCCAAGGACAUCCUGAUAAUGGGGCUGAGAGAGGGCACGGAAGGACCGGACCCGGUAAAGUUUUUUGAGACUUGGGUACCGGAUGUACUCGGCAUGCGCGACGGAAACAAGCGGGUAGAGCUGCAGCGUGCGCGUCGCACGGGAGCUCAGAAGCGCGCUCAGCCGCGAGCGGUUCUGGUUCGGUUUCGCAACUACAGGGACAAGCGUGCGGUUCUGGAGGCUGCCAGAGACAAAGAGAGGGUCCGAGUGAAGGGGAGAAAAGUCUCCUUCCGGGAUUUCGCGUUCUCUGUGCAGAAGAAACGCGCUGAAACCGCAUGCGCGCGGAAGCAGCCGCUGAACGCUGGCUUUAAACACUCUCUUAUUUACCCUGCUGACGUGAAUGUACUGAAUCCACCCGGAGGAGGAGAUGUUUAUCUACACGCAGUGAAAAUGGAGGCUUCUCUCCACUCUGACACACAUCUGCGGGAACCUGGAACUGAGGAUAAGACCGUGCAGAGUAAAGUGGAUACCAUUUUGAGAGAUGUGCAGCAGUUUACAGACAACGACAAACUCUACCUUUACUUACAGCUCCCCUCAGGUCCGAGCGCGGGAGAGAAGAGCAGUGACUCAAAUGCGGUGAACAUGGCCGACCAGCUCCACACCUGCAACUGGAUUCGCGCUCACCUGGAGGAGCACGCCGACACCUGCCUGCCCAAACAAGACGUUUACGAGACGUACCGGAAACACUGUGAAAACCUGCAGCAGAGGCCUCUGAGUGCGGCCAACUUCGGCAAGAUCAUCAGAGACAUCUUCCCCAACAUCAAGGCUCGCAGGCUGGGAGGCAGGGGGCAGUCCAAGUACUGCUACAGCGGGAUCCGCAGGAAGACGGUGUUAAACAUGCCGCUGUUACCCAACCUGGACCUGAAGAACGAUCCGUCCGAGCUGACCGAGCUGGUGCAGACCUACAAACAGGAAGUGACGGAAGCGGCGUGCGAGCUGAUCUGCGACUGGGCCCAGAAGAUCCUGAAGCGCUCGUUCGACACGGUGGUGGAGGUCGCACGCUUCUUAGUGCAGGAGCACAUCGUAAACCCGCGCUGCAGCCAGGCCGAGCUCGUCACCUCCGCCUCGCUCGCCGGAGGCCCUGCGAAACCACACAAAGUGAUUAAAAAGAACCCGACGACGAGCAGAGGGAGCACAGCGGAGGAAGAAGGCGCCGGUCAGGAUGCUAAGAAAGAUGAAAGCGAGCCGGCUGUGUGUGUGAAACAUCUUCCUAACGACAAAUCAGCUAAAGCUCCUGAGGUUUUGCGUUACGGAGGACGCGAGAUGCAGGUGGAAGCUCUGGUCAAGAAACUUCCUCAGCUCCGCCCACGUGGCUCGAUUCCGGAAAAAUCUCUCGUCUCUGUUCACGCCCCCGCGCCUGCCUUCACGCCGAACGAUUCCAGCGGCGUCCAAGUCACUCUGCCCAUCACCGUCGCGACGCUCUCGCCCCAACAACGCGGCUCCGCCCUCCCUCUCAUGAUCCUGCCUCCUUCGGUGACCGUUUCCACAGCGACGGCGGUGACGACGGCAUCCAAACGGGCGUCCGAUUCGUCCGCCGUGGCCGCGGGCCCGCCUCUCAAACGCAAACGCGGCCGACCCAGGAAGCAGAGACCAGAGGAAGCGGCGGCGGCUCAGAACCUCGGUCCGAAUCAGACCGUGAACCUGAAUUCGAAUCUCAAUCUGAAUCCGGUGGUGCUGAACAGAGGGGUGAUCCAGAAAGCGCUGUCGGCGUCCUCCUCGUCCUUGUCCUCGUCCUCGCAGGUGACGGAGACGGUGCUGCAGUGUAAAGCCGAGGAACACGAGUCGCGGCCCGUCGUGCUCCUGCAGGAACCGGGCCGGGCCAUGGUGAUCCAGCGUGCCCCCGUGUCGCGGGAAAACCGUCCCCUAAAUCAGUGCGUCUCCGCCGCACACCUCCCCCCUCCUACCGUACACGAGGACAGGGGCGUAGUGGAGAUCACGCUCACGCCCAUCGACCACCUGAUCACUGCAGACGACUCGGUCUGCGGCAUGCCCGAGACGAGCCCGGGGGAGGGGGAGGUCCCUUAGCCGUGUGUGGGUGUGUGUGUGUGUGUGUGUGUGUGUGUGUGUGUUGUCAGUGACUAACAUGUCAGAUUGUUCAGUUCAGAUUGCAGUCGUGUCUCCGUAUCUUCAGGCGUUUUUACUUCCUCUGUUUCCUAAUAAUCUCGUGAACUGCAGUCGAUUAACGAGAACACGCAGCAGUACAACGAGCCAAAAACCAAACCUUCUUUCAGAGGUGCCAAAACUUACAGAUUUAUCCCUAGCAUUGACAUUUUUUAUCUGUUGCUAUGGUGAUAUGGGAGACACUUGAUAGCUAUGCCUUUUAUGUUUUUGGUUUGUUUGUUUGUUUGUUUGUUUUCAACUAAAGCACCGGGCACAAACAUGAAUACAAACUAGUUCACAGAAGGGGAAAGGACGCCGCGUGCCCGGGUGUGAGAAACACGCGAGAGCUUCACGUCACGCUGACUUCAUCACGGCGAGGGUUGUUAUGGUGUCACGGCAGGUCAGGGUGUGUUAACUUUCUCAAAAUACCAGUACAAAUUCAUUUCCGUCUUGUUUUGGUCACACAUCCGGAAAGAUUACAGCGUGAUUUCUCUUCAUAAACUGAGCAGUAGGAAUAACUCCGGGUGAUGUUGGUAAACAUGUCGCUAAAGGUCGCGUUAUAUCCUGCGGGAAAGGUAUAAACACGCCGCUGCAGGAAGCGCGCGCGCUUUUGUCUUGUAACCGAAACUAAAAAGUUUCAAACCAAAAUAACGAAAUAUAGACGAGGUGUAAAAGGGCGUGUCAGAGAAGGGGGCGUGGUUUAGGGAAGUUACCGCGUUCCUAGCACAGAUACACACUACAGCGCAUGUCAUGAUCGAUCAUGUGACCUACUAAUGAUCAGGUGGCCACGCCCCCUACAACAAGCACCUGUAAUAAGUUUCAAAACGAGACGUUUGUAUACGACUUUCAGUUAACACCGAGAUAUUUUUACACAACGUGUGAGAACGUCACCCCAUAACAUCCCUAAUCUGGUAGAACUCGGGGAUCUGGGCGGGGCCGUGGGCGGGACCGUGGGCGAUUUGGUCAGAGCCAGUUUGUUCUCUCUCUCUCUCCGACUGCUGGGAUUGUGACGUGAGCAGUGUCGGCACCUCUGAUGUUUAAAGACGACUGCGUCAGAGACCACGUGUGGAAACGUGUUGGAGAUGCUCCACGACUCCAUGGAGCUGAGCGAGGAGACGACACGGUGCUACAGCGCUGGCCGUACGCUUCCGUUUUGACCUGCUAGCUCCGUUAGCAUCAUCGCUACUACUUCGGUACGGACACCAAACACCUCUCAGCAUUUCACCUCGGUUCCAAUCCGCCCAGCUGUAGCUUUAACGCACUUUUAUCACACAGUCAUCCAGACUGGACAGGACGACGCGGGGCCCGGUGGCACCCUGACCGUCGCUCUGCGCGUGUGUGUGUGUUAGUCGUGUAGGUAGGUGAUGUCCAGUGCUAUUACGGGUUUGUAAAUCGAGGGUGUUUACAUCGCCCCUGUCUCUUCAUCUAACGUUAAACUGCAGUGACAACGAUUUACAGAAGAAGCGCGCGCACACACACACACACACACACACACACACUCACACACAGAGAUGAUGUAAAGUUACUGAGCGUUUUUAUUUGAAUAUUUUACAGGAGUGUGAGAUGUGAUGGGACUGUAGCACUUCGUGUGUAAAUAGUUUUCCUGUGAAACUCACUUUCAGCCCGAUAAACACGACAGACGAGUCGAGUCUGGAACCAUCGAUAUUAACCGUCACGUCCCUGCCCCGCCCUCCCCCGAAAGCCCCGCCCUCUUCCCUCACAUUAGUAAUGUUUUGUCUGCUGUUCUUUCUCGUGUCUCGUCCCGGGGUCACGGCCCUCGCCGGACGCUUCAGGAAGCCCAUGUUUGUGCCAAAAGAAGAUUGCAGUGAUGUAGUGACAGGCAGCUAUGCUAACUGUUUAACUGUUUAACCAUCUGGUGUAAGAUUCUUAUUAAAUUAUUCUAACUGGGCAGCAGCCUGAACCAA